AUGAAGCUGUCGCCGGAAGAAAUCCAACGGCGUCUCCCCCGACAUGUCCUAGCAGACGGGCACACCAACUCUCUGGGCCUAUGUCUUCUCGAAAAGGUCGCAUUCGCCUGGUACAAGAUGGCGGAGCGUCGCCGCAACCCGAUUCGCGAGGGGCAUUACAGAGUCUACCACAUCGACGGCGAGGGACGCUUCCAAUACCAGGACUGGGACCCAACGGACUGGUCGAGACACGAGUUGACAGACCGCAUAUCCAAGCAUAUGCUCCUGUUGCACCACUCUGCCGAAUUGAGACAGAAGUGCAGAAUACCACAUCGCUACCAAGGGGCCGAGCGGUUGUUUGCGGCGCUCACCCUUGCGUAUUACCUGGUGGCGACGCAUAGGCUGAUGUUUGCUGCGUCGAACCCAGGAUGCCUCCUGGAGGAGAUUCUCUUCGUUCUACUUGGUUUCGUUCAAAUCGACCGCGUCUUCUACAACCUUCGUGCUACUCGAAUCACCUCGGAACGGACACAGAGCGCGGCGAGGCGGAGCUAA